UUGAUGAUGGUCUAAAUCGUAAAUGUCAAAUCAAAUUUCAAAUCAUUUGUCAGAUUGUGUCAGAUUAUCUCUUAAAUUAGCGUCUGUUUCGUUGUCUUGUGUUAUUUUUUACACGAAAAUGGAUAUUAACAUGGUAGAUUCAGUCGAUAUUGAGGAUAUUGAAGCCGUUGAGCUACUGGAAACGCCACGCCGACCUAAUAGAAAUCGUGUUCGACUCAAUCCCUUCAUUGAUUUAUCUGAUGAAGAUUUCAGGCAAAAGUAUAGAUUUACUAAAUCUUUUGCAAUGAAAAUAGUAGAUUUAUUAAAGGACCCAUUAACUCGAGACACCCGUGGAUGCCCGGUGUCUCCCGAAAUCCAAGUGGUUUGCGCAUUGCGAAGCUGGGCUCGACAUGAGAUCCAAGAUGAUACAGCCGAUUUGCAUGGAGUCUCACAGCCCUUUAUAAGUAAAAUAUGCAAAAAAAUAGCAGGACCCAUAGCCGGAAUAUCGCAUAGAUUUAUAAAAAUGCCUGCUACAUUGGCAGAACAAGAGGAAGCAAUGCGAAAAUUCCAUAGAAUUGCAAAUUUUCCUUCAGUAAUUGGUGCAAUUGACUGUACAUACAUAAGGGUAAAAAAAUUAUGUGAAGAUGGUGGUCAAAUAUAUAUCAAUCGCAAAGGAUUUCCAUCUAUUAAUGUCCAGGUAGUCUGCGAUGCAAAUUUAAAAAUAAUAGAUAUUGUUGCUAGGUGGCAUGGCAGUGUCCAUGACUCUCGAAUUUUAGAGAAAGUCGACUAA